AUGCGGGCGCUGCUGUGGAAGAACUGGCUUAUUAAGACCCGCCAACUUGUCGCGACUGCGUGCGAGAUCCUCGUGCCAGCCUUCUUCAUCCUCGUCCUUGGGUUGCUGAAGCAACUAACAACGACUGUCGACGUUCCUGCAGGCUGGAGUGAUGACGCCGACAACACUGCGGGCACCAGCUACAACCUGUUCCAGCCCACGGGUCAAACCAUCGAGUGGGUCGACGCCGAUCUGCCCAAGUUCGCGCUGCACGAGUCCACCAUGACCGGCCUGAUGCUCAAGCUCGGGCGUCAGUCCGUUGACGACGGCCUGCGCCUGGAAGAGCUCACAGCGUCCGACUUGGCUGCGUGCAGGACGGGGGUGUUGGCCGAGGGACUGGUCGACACGAACUCGUCGCCCUACAGCGUCCCGACGGAGUGCGCCGGCAAGGUCGUGCCCUACAAGGUCGGCAUCGCCCCCGACAACGCCUUCACUCGCAACUACUUCGCCGAGGCGAUGGACUUGUGGUACCCGCGUGUCGAUCUCCUGAACUCGACGAGCCAGUCUCUUACGGUUCCGUCAUUCAAGGAAAGCAUCCACUUCUUCGACUCGAACGACGCGCUGACGGAGUACGUCAAGAGCGACAACUACGGCGACAACCUCGAGAACCCCAAGAUCUUCGCCGCAAUUGUGUUCGAUUCAGCUCCGUCGGGCGACGACAUCGGAACGUUUGCGUCCAUCGAGUAUUCUUUGCGUCUGAACUCGACCCAGGGGGAUGACAUCGAUUCUGUGGGUCGCGUACCAACCACAGACAGUUCUCUAUCCGACGUGGAAUCAUUCCAGAAGGACAUCGAAACAGACUACUACUCGGUGUACACUGUGACGGGGUUCAUGACGUUGCAGACCCUUGUCACCCGCUUUGUGACCUGCAUGCCCGAGUGGAACUCGGCCAACCAGUCCACUACAGGCAUUUGCCAGCGUCCUCAGACUACCGCCUUAGCCUCGUCCGAGCUCGACAACACGCUCCUUGACGUUUUGAGCGAAGAUGCCUUGAUUCAGGAAGCUCUCAGUGCUUUCGACCUGUCUGGUAAUACGACAUUGUCCGGUAUUCUGGCCGAGCUGUCGAACAACACCAAGGAAGUUUUGCUGACGCCUCUGCGCCAAGCCCCACAGUCUGUACUGGGCGCUACCGUUGCGCCAUUCCCCGCCGACGACUACACCAGCUCGCCCUUCUACGAUAGUGUAUCAAGCGUAUUCGCCAUCGUCUUCAUCUUGGCAUAUCUAUUCACGAUCUCGCGCAUCCUCGUGGUGCUCAUCCAAGAGAAAGAACUGCGUCUGCGGGAAUUCAUGAAGAUCCUUGGCGUGACCGAGAAGACUAUUUUCUUGACGUGGUACAUCACGUACGCGGCUAUCCUCUUUGUCGGCGCGGUCGUCCAGGCGCUUGCUGGUCUGGCUGGACUCUUCCCGAACAGCUCGCUGAUCGUCACCUUCCUGUUCUUCUUCCUGUUUGGACUGAGCGUCUUGGCGCUGGCGUUCCUCAUCAGCACACUAUUCAGCAAGGCUCGUGUGGGCGCGUUCGUGGGCAUGGUGGCUUUCUUUGCUAUGUACGUCAUCUCACAAGGAUAUUCCGACGGCACGGCUGAGAGUUCAAAGCGCAUAGGCUCGGUGUUUUCCCCAGUGGCGCUGUCACUUGGCGUCAAUGUACUGGCGAACGCUGAGAAGACCGGGGAAGGCGUGCAGCUCUCGACGAUGGACACGCUCAGCGAUAACUACCGCCUGAGCACAGCAAUCCUGAUGUUUGCCUUCGAUACGGUGCUCUACACUGUGCUUGGUCUGUACUUCUCGAAGGUGAUGCCCAAGGAGUACGGCACGUCCCUCAAAUGGUACUUCCCGGUGUCACCUUCGUACUGGCGGAGCCGCAAGCAGCGCCAAGUGACGAUCGAUGAACCGGCCGACACCCUGACGGAUAACCUCCUGUUGGAUUUGGAUCCAAAUUUCGAACCUGUGAGCUCAGACCUCCGUGAUCAAAAGCAUCGCGGCGAGGCGCUCACUGUGCAGCGACUUCGCAAGGUGUUCCAGGUCCCUGGAGGCGAGAAGGUGGCGGUCAAGGGACUCGAUGUCACCAUGUACAAGGACCAGAUCACCUGUUUGCUGGGUCACAACGGUGCCGGCAAGACCACGCUGAUCUCCAUGCUCACUGGUAUGACUGCCCCCUCCAGCGGAAACGCUACCUACCGCGGCAUGUCGAUCAACGAAGACAUGGACGAGAUGCGCCAGUCGCUCGGCAUUUGCUUCCAGCACGACGUCUUGUUCCCUGAGCUGUCGGUCCAGGAGCACCUGCAGUUCUUCGGACAGAUCAAGGGCUACGCGGACGAAGAGCUGCAGGCUGUGGUCGACCGUCAGAUCCGCGAGGUCGGCUUGACGGAGAAGCGCAACUCGAAACCCAACGACCUGUCUGGCGGUAUGAAGCGCAAGCUGUCGGUGGCUGUGUCGCUGCUCGGUGACAGCUCGCUGGUGUUCCUGGACGAGCCCACGUCUGGCAUGGACCCGUACAGCCGUCGCAGCACGUGGGAGAUUCUGCUGAACAACCGCAACGACCGCGUGAUGGUGUUGACGACGCACUUCAUGGACGAAGCUGACAUCCUGGGCGACCGCAUCGCCAUCAUGGCGGAAGGCGAGAUACGCUGCUGUGGCUCGUCGCUCUUCCUGAAGAACCGCUUCGGUGCGGGCUACAACUUGACCCUCGUGAAGGACGACGCCAUGUGUGACGAUGAUGCCGUGGCUGCUUUUGUGAAUUCGUAUGUCCCCUCUGCGCAGCUUCUGAGCAACGUCGGCAGCGAGAUCGCGUUCCAGCUCCCGCUUCAGAGCUCCUCGAGCUUUGCCGCCAUGUUUGCCGAGAUGGACCGUCAGUUGCAGUUGCUGGGUCUCCUGUCUUAUGGCGUGUCCGUGACUACGUUGGAGGAGGUGUUCAUCAAGGUGGCGGAGCUGGCCGACGAGAACAACCAGCACACUCUGGGCAACAAUGCGCGACGGGAUGCAUCGGACUCGGGAGAAUAUUAUCAACCAUGCGACGAGAUCAUCACAACGGAGUCGAUGUUCCAGAGGCACCUGCGUGCUCUUGUCCUGAAGCGCUUCCGCUAUGCCAAGCGUGACAAGAAGGCCAUCAUCUAUGUCGCUGCAUUGCCCGUUUUACUCAUUGCUGCUGGAUUGGGGAUCCUCAAGGGAAGUUUGGAGAUCAGUGAUGACCCUCUCAAGGCUCUGAUAACGGACGCAUUCUCCGGAAGCGCGACGCCGACGCCCUACUUCUGCCAGGCCGGAGGUGGCGCCGGAGAAUGGUGUAGCGAGGUGAUGGCGUCUUCUUAUUACUCCGGGGCUAGCGCGCAGUCACUGUCGAUUUCGGAACCGGCAUUUGACUCGGAUUCCCCCACAGUAUUCGGCGUCACUUACACGGAUCCAACCAUCAAUGCGAGCGGCGCGACCGGGUACAGCGUUGCAUUGGGGCAGCAGGUCUACGAGCGUGGAUAUGGCAAGGGCGCUGAUCUCGUGGAGGGCCAGUAUGGAGCUUACUUGGUGUACGGCGACAGCACGCAGAACUUGUUUGGUUACAACGUGUUCACGAACACGACGGCUUCGCACUCAUCGGCGAUUUUCAAGGCGUUAAUGGACCAGGCUGUGUAUCGCUUCUUCGCGGCAAACAGCUCGAGCGAAACAGGAACCUCGACCGUGGACCUGAAGGUGAACAACUACCCGUUACCGUACACAGCCGCAGCAAAAGCCGUCUUCAGUUCUUCCACAUCAUUUGUUGCCGCGCUCUUCAUCUGCAUCGCAUUCACGUUCCUGCCGGCGUCGAUUGUUGUGUUCCUGGUGAAGGAGAAACAGGCGGAGCACAACUCGAAGCAUCAGCAGCUCGUCUCUGGAGUAUCGUUGCCUGCAUUCUGGAUGUCCAACUACAUCUGGGACUUCGUGAUGUACAUUUUCCCGUGUGCUUGCGCGCUGAUCUUGAUCAACGUGUUCGAGAUCUCGUCGCUCACGGGCCAAGACUGCGACAGCUGCACGUCUGAAACGUUCCCGUCGGUCAUUUUGCUGUUCGUCCUCUUUGGAUUUGCGAUCUGCCCGUUCACGUACUGCCUGUCGUUCCUGUUCAAGGAGCACGCGUCCGCGCAGACGUACACGAUCGUGCUCAACUUCAUGAUCGGCGUGGUGUUGAUGAUUGUAUCCUUUAUUCUGGACACGAUUGACUCGACUUCAGACGUCAACUCGGUCUUGAAAUUCAUUUGGCGCUUCUCUCCGCUGUUCGACCUUGGAAAUGGACUCCUCAGCAUGGUCACGAAUAACAUCGACACCAUCCAGUACAGCGAAGGCAAGACAAGUCCGUUCAGCGGAGAUGUCAUCGGAUACGAACUGCUCUACCUCGCGCUUAUUGCCGUCUUGUACAUGAGCCUGGCAGUGUAUCUUGACUACUCCAAGACAUUUGCGAGGGCGCAAGAGGGUGAGAGUGAAAACCAAAUUGUUAACGAAGAGAUGGAGGUAGACGAGGAUGUCGAGAAGGAAGCACAACGAGUUGCCAAUGGUGAAGCCGACGGAGACGCGGUGAAGCUCAUGGGACUCCGCAAGGUCUACCCUGGCGGCAAGGUGGCUGUGCGCAACCUCUCCUUUGGCUUGAAGCGUGGUGAGUGCUUCGGCUUCCUCGGUAUCAACGGAGCCGGCAAAACCACGACGAUGAAGAUGCUCACGGGUGACGUCCAGCCGACACAUGGCACAGCCACGCUCAACGGCUUCGACAUCCUCUCGCAGCAGAUUGAAGUGCGUCGCCAGAUCGGAUACUGCCCCCAGUUCGACGCCUUGUUCGACUUGCUCAGCGUCCGCGAGCACCUGGAGCUCUUCGGUGCGAUCAAGGGCAUUCCACGAGACUCACUGGAGCGCGUCGUGAUGGAGAAGAUCCAGCAGCUCAACCUCGGUGACUUCGAGCACAAGCUCGCUGGCAGUCUCAGUGGCGGCAACAAGCGCAAGCUGUCCGUGGCCAUCGCCAUGAUCGGCAACCCGGCCAUCAUCUUUCUGGACGAGCCUUCCACCGGCAUGGACCCGGUUAGUCGACGAUUUAUGUGGGACGUCAUCGCGGAUAUUUCGACUCGCGGCAAGGAGUCGACGAUCGUGCUCACCACUCACAGCAUGGAGGAGUGCGAGGCGCUGUGCUCUCGCGUCGGUAUCAUGGUCGGUGGUCGGCUCCGCUGCUUGGGCAGUGUGCAGCACCUCAAGUCUCGGUUCGGCGAUGGCCUCGUGUUCGACGUGAAGCUCGACAUGCCGACGGCGGACGAGUUGGAGUAUCUGGUCCAGCGCAUCUUCGGCACCGACAGCGAAUUUGUCACUCCCAUGGAACUGGAAGACAAGUGCCGCGCGUUCGGUAACGCCCAGUUCGCCGAGCGAGUCGAUGCUUCUCACCCGACUGGCUACAGUCUGGCCGCCGCCAUGGAGCGCGACGGGUUCGUCCGCGCCGAGGCCUUCUGCUCUUGGUGCGUCGAGGAAACGCGCUUCGACGAGCUGAACGACUACCUUGUACGGGCCUUCGGAUCGGGACAAGUGCAGGUGAUGGAGCGCCAGAACGACUUCGCGCGCUUCAAGGUGCGCAGCCACAACAACGAGGUAAAGCUGUCCAAGAUGUUCGCGCUCGUCGAAGAUGUCAAGACCAAGAUGCACAUCCGCGAGUACAGCGUCUCGCAGACGACACUGGAGCAGAUCUUCAACUCGUUCGCGAGCCAGCAGGAGGAGGAGCAGGGCGUCGCUCGCGGUGUUUUCCAGGGCCAAUGA